GUUCGCGGUUGCGCCAAAGCAGGAGGGAGGGGGGAGAGAGAGAGAGAGAGAGGAUGUUGCUAGCAGCCAGUAUAGAUGCAUUGGCCUUUUCACAACAAUAACAUCGUCCAAAUUCGCAUCUCGCCUUACCUUUCCAUUGGAUUCCAUUGCAAAGGCGUGUGGAAGUGGUGCAACUUGGAUCGCGUCCGCUUUGUCGGCGGUUAUGUUUUGGGACCGCGUCCUCCGUUGACAAUGGGAGCGGAGGGCUUUGCAGAUUUACACGGCUCAUUUUUGCAGGAGCAGAAACGAGAAACAUGGCUAGCCAGCUAGGCCGCACGCGGAGGUUUUGUAGCAAACAGCGGGCGUAUUUGGAUACAACGUACGCCAUAUUGGAUUGGUCUUACCGUUAAAAGGCGGUACGAAGAAUUCAGUGUUUUAACAGGCGAUUGUCGCUCACUUUGGUUGUUGUGCGGCCCAGCUAGCGACUUCGCUAGUCCCGCAACCUUGACUGCUUUGACGUCGUCGUUAGCGCAUUAGCCGGCUAACGAACGCUCCAGUUUCUUGUCCAAUUAAUUUGGAAACACACAGCGGCGUAUUGCCAGGUCAACACUCGGUACCGUUUGCCUAAUAGCAAUAAGGAUCGCCCGUAGAAUUUGGUACUCUUGCCCUGGAUGAAUGUGGGACAAAAUGGAGACCCCGACGAUUGUGUACGACUUGGAUACAUCUGGGGGCUUAAUGGAGCAAAUUCAGACGCUUCUGGCGCCCCCGAAGUCUGAGGAGGUCGAAAAGAGAAGUCGGAAGUUGGGGAGAGACGUCCGGAGAAGCGGCAGGGCCACCAACCACGACACCUGCGAUAGUUGUAGAGAAGGAGGGGAUUUGUUGUGCUGCGACCACUGCCCUGCAGCCUUCCACCUCCAGUGCUGUGACCCACCCCUGAGUGAAGAGAUGCUUCCUCCAGGAGAAUGGAUGUGUCAUCGCUGCAAUGUUCGAAAAAAGAAGCGAGAGCAAAAGUCUGAACAGACCAACGGCCUGCUGGAAAAGUCCUCUGCUAAGCGCUCUUCCUCUCCAGCUAUGGAGCUGGAGCUUGGGGCUGGCCCACUGCGUCUUGAUGGCCUUCCUCCAGGGGCUGGAGCAGCAGGGCCUGGUCUUCGCGUGGCCCAGGUACGCCUCUUGGACCGUAGGAGUAGCAGCAGGCCAAGCAGCCGCCCAGGCACGCCAACUUCCAAUACUUCGUCGACCCCUACCCCCUCAGAGGAGCAGAACGACGGAGAAGAGGAGGCAGCCGACCCUGAGGAUGAUGCUCAGGGCGCCGAGCUCGAGAGCAACGCAUUGUCAUCUCCAAUGCCACGUCUUCUCAAGAGGCCUUUUGAGCUGCUUAUAGCAGCUGCAAUGGAGAGAAAUCCCACACAGUUCCAGCUACCCAGUGAACUUACGUGUACCACUGCGUUGCCAGGCAGCAGUAAACGAAGGAGAAAGGAGGAAUUGCUUGUGAGGCCGUUCAGGCGACCGCAAUAUGAACUAGAUUCUAAUGGUCUGGUACCAUUACCAGUCAAAGUCUGUUUUUCAUGCAACAGGAGUUGCAGGUUGGCUCCCUUGAUACAGUGUGACUAUUGUCCUCUCCUCUUCCACACGGACUGUCUGGACCCACCUCUUACAGCUUUCCCUGCUGGAAAAUGGAUGUGCCCGAAUCAUGUUGAGCAUUUAGUGCUAAAUCAGAGGAGCCUUAGCCUGUCCAGUCGGUGUCAGCUUUUCGAUGAUUUUCAGGACAGAAUGUCCCAACAUGCUGUCAAGUUGGAUUUCCUACGCAGAGUGCAUCGGCAGUUUUCACCAAACUGUCAGACCACUCAGCAGUACAACAAAAGGACCAUCAAGGUGCCAGAUGCCAUCAAGUCUCAGUACAGGAAUCCACCCUCCAUUGUACAUCCUGCAGGGGUGCGCCAGUUGGAGCUGGUGUGUAGUGGUGUUUCUGAACACCAGUCUGCAAAGCACCUCACCACAGAAGCUGAGCAGCAGGAGUGGCUUCAGGAUGUCAUCGCCCUCCAGUGCAGCAUCAUGCGUCACUUGUCCACCAAGCAAAAUACUUCAUCCACGCCGCCAUCAGCACAGGUGGACUCUGACAAUAAAGACAAGUGUAAAUCUUGUACAUCAUCAGAGGAUGUGAAAAUGAAACCCUCUUUCCAAAGGACUUCUUCUCCUGGCCCCUACUCUAAACUCUGCAGUACAUCUGAUGACCCCCAGGGGUGCUCUUCAACACAGGGCACCCUAACGCAGCAAGUUGGUUCUAAAUGCAGCAUGCAACCCUGCCAGAACUGUAGGAAACAUAAUGGAAUUCUACCAGACGAGUGUCACCAUUCCAAAGCAAAUGGACCAUUGGACUGUAACAGUGAAUCCCAGUAUUGCGUACAAGCAGUCCCACAGCACAGAUUAAAGCCCUGCACAGACACACCUGACUCAGCUGCUGCUGCUGUCCUGGUGAACCACAUAGGAACCGAAACACUCAAAAAGGAGCCUGAGAGCACCACAGAAGCUUGCACUCCAAAACAUAAUUCUGUAUCCACAACUACAUGCUCUCAAAACAACCAGCAGUACCAUAGGAGCCAGGCAGAGCUCCAGAUUGAGUGUCUGAGCAACAACAUAAAACCGUCUGACUCCAUCACCAGCCAAGAGCAACAGCCAAGCAACAUUGAAUCGUCAUCGCCAACUCCAGAUGUGAAGGCUGGUUUGGGACUGACGGACGCAUUGCUAUCCAGUUCGCUCUCCUCCAUCACUAAUCUCUGCAUGAAAGAUUGCAUUGAUGAUAAUGGGGGGAUCGAGCUGGGAAAGCUUGAUACAGAGAUGGUAAAGUUACUGGCAUGGCAGAGGAUCCAGCAGCUAUUCCCUUGUAAAGCCCCCAGCCCUCUUCCUACAGAUGCCAGCGACGCUCCCAAACGCCCUAAGUCUCUACCCGACUAUCAGAAGAAGUUGCAGGCCCGAGCAGUCUUCUACCCACUGGCAGGAAAAGGAAAGGCUGUUAGCAUGUGCUAUAGGACAUUAUACAUAGGAUCUGGUGCUGACAUGGAUGUGUGCCUUCCAAACUAUGGUCAUUGCAACUUCGUAUCAGGCAAACACGCCUGUAUAUUCUAUGACGAGAACACCAAGCAUUAUGAGUUGCUAAACUACAGUGAGCAUGGCACCACAGUGAACAACGUGCUUUACUCCUGUGACUUCUCUGAGAAAGUCUCGCCAUCGCCACCCAGUGGCCUAGUAGCGAAGGUCCAAGGCAUCAUUCGUCGAAGCAAGAAGUGGGUGGACAAAGAGGGUCCCACGUCUGUGGUGGGAUUGCUCCCAGCUGGCGGAGUGAUGAGCAGCCACCCUCAGGGUGGCUUGGAGCAGUUGUGCAGCUGUAAGGCAAGCAGCUCAAGCCUGAUUGGAGGUAGUGGAGCAGGCUGGGAGGGCACGGCCAUGCUCCACCACGGUAGCUACAUAAAACUAGGUUGCCUGCAGUUUGUGUUCAGCAUCGCAGAGUUUGCCAGUAAGCAGCCGAAAGAGGAAGACAGCGCCACGGCUGCUGCCAGUUGCACUGGCAGCAGUGCUUCGAGCCUCACACACGCCACAAUGCUUGCACCUCCCCGCAACACUGCCGCAGCAUGCAGCCCCUCCAGCCAGGACGAGAUGGAGACAGUACUUUCCGACCAAGUGCUCACUCUGCACUCCAACUCUAUCCCAUAAACUCAAAGCAGGAAAUCCCACCCACCUCUUUUUUUGUUUUGGUUUGCACCUUCUUUGCUAUACAGUUAUUGUAAAGCCUGCACAGUUGGCUGGUGGACAGGAAUUGUUUUGUUUCUUUUUUAGGUCAUUGUUAAUGAUAUAUUUGCAUGAACUUGGGAGUAUAAUUGACAAUCUCUUCUAUUUUUGAAAGACUGACAUCAACCUUCUGUUCAUGUUAGACUGACUUUGAGCAAAGAGUAUUAGUCUAUGUUCAAUUAUUUUGCCAGUAUAUUAUGUAUGAUGUAUCCUAACUUUGUCAGUCUGUCUGUUUAGCACAAAUGUCUCAUUUUGUUGUUUUGUCUUAACGUGCAUUCUUAUUUCUUCGGCUGCCUUUGCGCCACAGGUAGCUCUGUAUGACAUGGUACACUACUGUUCAAAAGUUUGCAAUCAUCUAGAAAUGUCCUUAUUUUUUAACAAAACAAAACAAAAAAACACUGUGUUGCAUUACCAUUCAAAUGUUUGGGGCGGCUCACUUAGAAAUGUCCUCAAGAGAAACACUUUUUAAAUGAAGAUAACAUUGAAUCAAUCUGAUAAACAUUCUAGACAUUGUUGAUGUGGUCAAACCUGUUUCCCCUUUUGAAAAGGACAUUUCUCUGUGACCCCCAAACUCUUGUAGUUUAUAUAUACAGCAGUAUAUUUUCACGGGAAACAUGGCAUUGUCUUGGUGACCCCAGACGUUUUGAAUGGUAGUGUACAUGCUCAUACAUUAUAUGUACAUCCAUCUUCUGUAAAUAUGUAUGAUUCAAUGGCUCUCAAUUGGAGAAGCAUUGCAUUUCAUGUAGAUUCCCCAUUUUUGGCUUUUAACUGUACAGCCCAUGGAAUUUGUGAUACUGUGUAGACUACCAGAGAUUUUGUGAUAAGCCUUGUUCGUAGUCUGUACUCUGCUAUAAUCCAUCUGUAAAUAUAUCGUUUUAAGCACUCAUUUUAACAACUUGUGCUGCUCUGUAUAUAAGCACUCUUUUUCUGUAGCCUCUCAUCUCAUAACUGUAAAUACAUAAAGAUUUUCUAAGUACAAGCUCACUGAAUCUGUA